UCAGGGGCGGGGCUCCGCUGAGGGCCGGAAGAUGGCGUCGCCUAGUCGCGGCCGGGCCCGUCGGUGCUGGUGGCUCCCGGCCGGGGCUGCCCGGGCUUGAGGGAUCUUCGGAGCUGGUGUCCCGGCAGCUCCGGUGCCUCGGUGCCGGCGGAGAUGGACCAGCGCCUGGCUGAGCUGGUGGAAGAGCUCACCACCUCGGGGGAGCCGCGGCUGGAGCCCGGCAGGAUGAAGGAGCUGAAGAAGAUCUGCAAGUCGUCGGAGGAGCACAUCAGCCACGCCUACCACCUGCUGGUGACGCGGCUCCAAGAGGAGCACGCCGAGAUGCGCUUCUCCGCCUUCCAGGUGGUGCAGGAGCUGUUCGCCAGGUCCCGCCAGUUCAGGACGCUGCUUAUCUCCAACUUCCAGGAGUUCCUGGAGCUCACAGUGGGGAUAGACCACGAGCAGCCGCUCCCCCCGCCCAAGGAGGUGGCUCAGAAGCUGAGGAAAGCGGCCAUCAAGGCAGUGCAAGACUGGCACGAGAAGUAUGGGGAGGCCUACAAGCAGCUUUCCCUGGGGUACCACUUCCUAAAGCAGAACAAGAAGGUGGAUUUUCAAGAUGUGCAUGCCAGAACUGUGGCUGAAAGGAGGAGGGAAGAGGAGAAGCAAAAACGACUGGAGAACAUUUACAAAGAAAAAGUCAAAAGAACUGAAAAAGAAAUGGAAGAAAUGUCCCAAGAGAUUGCUGAUACACUGACAGAGAUGGAAAACUGUUUCCAGCUUCUGAUGCCAGAUCCUUUCAAUUUUGGGGUGAACGACAUUGACCCAGAACUCAGCAAACAAACGUCUGCUAAUGAGGCCGGACCUGCAUCCCCCCUGUCCUCCCAGGGGGAAGUUAACCCAUCCUAUUUGGGGUGCAUGGAUGAUGAACAGCCAUGCUGCAGCAAGGACAUUCUUCCUGUUCCUUCUCAGUGUGUUGCAACUGAUGGAAACGAAGAGGGAGAUGAGAAGCUUGGGCAAAAAGAGCUGGAUGGAGGCACAUGCUCAGACAUCCAAUACAGUGGCCCUGUUCUCCAUGACGAUGAUUACCAGACUUUUGUCAGGAACCAUGGGCUUAUUUCACAUAAAUAUACUCUAGACCUUGAAAUCUCCACAGAUAUAAAAGUGCAAGAGAAUGAAGAUAAUACUGCCAUCAUAAACAGUGUCAUGGAUGCUCACAAACUUCUCAGAAACAAGUUCUGGCCUUCUGUGCAGUCCUGGAUUCAGCUACUUACCAGAGCAGGAAUCAAUGAUGGUCGGCUAAGAUGUGCCAUUGAACUCAAGAAUAAAUUGGAGACUGCUAUGAAGAAAUAUAAAGAAAUGAACAUUUCCUUUAAAGCAAGAAAAAGAAAAGUGAUUAAAGCCUCGGAUGAUGAUGAUGAUGAGGAUGAAGAUGAAUUUGUGGAGGUCCCUGAGAAGGAAGGUUAUGAGCCCCACAUUCCAGACCACCUGCGUAAGGAAUAUGGGCUGGAACCCCAGUCACCUCCAAAAGCGCCGGUGAUGAAGGCGUCAACAGGAGCGGCUCCGCUGAGCUCCCACACUCAGCUCAAAGGGAAUGAGGAUGAACUUGAUCCAACCUGUGCAGCUGCCACACUGAAACUUAUUAGAGACAAACUACCAAAGUUACCAUCUCCUCAAGACAGUGAAUCUGCAACUUCUGAGACGGCAAACUUGGAAGAUCCUGACAGUAAAAGAAGAAAACUAGAAGAAAGAGCUAAAGCUCCCCUCAUGCCUUUUGGGUUAGAUCUUCACUACUGGGGAGAGGAUCAGCCAAGUGCUGGGAAGAUUAUCAAAUUUACCUCUGAGCAUCGAUUUUGGGCACCCAGUGAAGUAGAGGAAGAGGUGGAAAAUAAAGAAAUAACAGAAAUGUUAAAAACCAGGUAUAUAACAUUUGCUGGCAAGUUUGAGCCAGUAAAACAUAAAUGUCGAGCACCCAUGCCAGAUGGAACUCUGUGUGAAAGACAAGAUCGAAUUAAGUGCCCUUUCCAUGGGAAGAUAAUUCCUCGGGAUGACUCUGGGAUUCCUGUAAAUGCAGAGGACAGAGCCAGAGAAGAAAAGAUGAAGUUUGAGAAGCAGGCAGCCCAACCAGAGUGGCGAGAUCCAGAAUUCAUGAGAGAAAUUGAAGCUGCUACAGGACUGGAUCUUGGUUCCUCUAAAAGCAAUGGAAAAGGACAGAAAAAGAAAGGGAAGAAGCAAAAAUACCCAAAUCUGACAGACCUGAAGCAACAGGCUAACACUUCUCGUUCCCGGCUUGAGAAGAAAGUUUUCAAUAAAGGUGCCAUGAAACGGGUCGUGAAAGCCAUGAACCGGGUGGACCAAAGGAAGCACGAGAAGUUUGCCAACCAGUUUAAUUAUGCACUGAAUUAAAUUCUUAUUCACCUCUGCCCUUCUUUAUUACAAGAGUGCAACUGCAAAACCCUUAAUCAAAGAUAUUUGUAUUUACACUACAAUAUCUUGCUAGGCACAUUUUUACAGGUGUCAUUUUAAAAUUGUUUCCAUGUUUAACUUAUUUGAUAAUGAAUAUUAAUUUUGGAAAAGAUGUGGUGUGUAAUUGAAUUAAUUUAAAAAGAUGAUAAUUAUUUGAAAUACAAAUGAAAUAGAGAUGUUUUAUGACUUGUACAUAAUUUGGGUAAAUUGCUCAGAUUUUGGGGCUUGGUUUUUUUCCUUCCUAAGGGACUCGUGUAAUUUAUAUGUCAUUUGACAAAACGUGUUUAAUAUUCCACAUUCAUGCCUUCAGGGGAAAAGAUAUCUUAAAAACUAUGUGAUUGCUGCCAGUGAUGACAAUACACAGAGCAUUUUCUCAGCCUACUGCUGUACAAAGUGAGCCACAUCAAGCAGCACAGCAGCUCCUGCAUCACCUCUACAAACACCUUGGCACACAAUCAGCUGAUGCCUUCAGAUGAUGAACGGAGUGGAGUUUGAUUUCUGCAAAUGGAGUUCCAGGAGCUAAGUGAGUCUUGGUAGCUGUGGCACAGCUGAAAAAGCUGAAAUGUCAAAGAUCAUCCUGGCCUGCUUCUUGUCCUCCCAAGGUGGUGUCCCAGUAUCUUUCAGAACUGCUCCUGGACAGCACAUUGUGAAAGUCUGUAGAUUUACACAGAAUGUGCUCCAGAGUUUAACUGCUGUCAAAAAAGCUCAGUUUGAAGUGAAAGUGUGAUAUUUUAAAAAAAAUCACUCAAGUGGCACACUGAACUAGUGGCACAAAUGAACUGCCUGGCUUGGAUCAGAUACAAUUACAUCAGGCUAAAGCCUCAGAGUGUGUCUAAGUACCCAGAUAUAAACACAAGAAUCUGGAAUCUCCUGACUCCGGGGAGUUAAUGUGAGGUUGGAUUCAGUGUGGGUUGUAGUUCUUGGCUGGGUACUUAAACAAAUCUCCCAAACUUGUUUGCUGGCUGUAGUCAAGCUUAGGGAGAGAGAAUGAAACAGUGAUCAGUUGUGCUCUUGCAAGAUUUCAUAUGGCUUUAUGGGUAAAGAAAAUCUAGAGAAUCAGGAAGGUGGUGUUUGAAAAUCAGUUUCAAAGUGACCUGCAAAAGUCUCCAGUAAAAUACUCAUUAUAAAAUAGAAUGGAUUCUCUAUAGCAUAGGUUUCAUUAUUCACCUGUUGGAGGUGUUUCCUAAUGUGUAAGGAGACUCUAAGAAUUAAAAAUUUGGAAAAUUUUGACAAAUCACUGUACCUUCUGACCACUGCAAACAAAAGCUAAUUUACAGUUCUGCUAAAUACUUUCUGACUUGCACAAGUACUGCAUAGGAAGCAAUUAAUGUUGACUUUUGAUAAUUUAUCUUGCAAGAUCUCUGUAAUUUGGAAGACAUAUUUUAUUCUUCAACAUGGGUUGAUAUACUUCUGAAAUACUGAAAAUAAAACAAUAAAGAGACAGAAUUUCAAGUCAUACCUACUGACUGCACUGGAAAGUAAAGCCACUUCUAUUAUCAGUCUUGCUAGUGUGGCAGUGAAGAUUUCAGGUGAAAAUGUGGGUAAGGACAAACUAAGUUCAUCACCAAGUCAGUUGAAUCAACUGCUAAAGUGAUUUGAUUUCUUACUAAGAACAAAGUCACACACACAAAAUAGAAUACACACAAACCCAACAACUCCGCCACUGCACACAUUAGAAUGUGAUAGUAAUCACUGGAUGCUGGGAUUCCCAGACAGCCCAAACUUAACUGACACUUGGUGAUUAAUGUUCAAAGAGCCACAGAGAUCACUGUGCCACUGAUCCAGAGAUUCUUGAGCCUGCACAAGCUGAAGGUGUUCAUUUAUAAAACAAGUUUUCUCCCUGUAAGAAGAAUAGGGAAUUUAUGUUGUGCAGUGACACUUAGCCCUGCUUUGCUGGGGCCAUGAAGUGUCAGCACUACAAAGUCCCCAGCAAACUGUAAAUGCACUUUCCCCAUGGAGUUCCCUUUAUGGGUCUUUAAUAAAGAUCCUAAAGAACAAGACUGGGAAUGGAAAUGGCACAAAUCUGAGGGGAAAAAAAAAAAGUGGUUAGUCAGUCAUGUUCCACCAUGAGCAACCUGGUCUAGUGGAAGAUGUCCCUGCCCUGGUAGAAAGGCUGGAAAUAGAUGGUCUCUAAGGGCCCUCCUAACCCAAAACAUGCUGUGAUUCUAAUGAUGCUACUCGGUCACAUCAGUUCUAGAAUUAUUAGCUAAAACUUCCUGUCUGGACCCAAUUGUCCAAUCUGGCAGUUAAAUCUGAUCCUAUCACAUGAUCUGUGUGCUUUCCCCCUUCCUUUAUUAAAACAUGCAUGCUUGGGGGAAAAAAAAAAAAAAAAAAAAAAAAAAAGUGUCUUCCUGGAGUGCCUCUUUUGUGCAGAAGGAGAAUUUUCAGAGUUAAGGUUCCCUGGCAAGUGACUCAGAAAUGGCCAGCUCACACAGAGGUACCUGGACUUUGGGACAGGUUGAUAGCCAGUGAUGACUUUCUUUAAAGCUCUUCUAGAAUUUUUCUUCUACAUUUUUUUCUUUUUUUUACCUUGAGGCAAGAUGAACCAUCGACUCUUCAUAGGAAAAUGUGUAGAUAGCACAUCCCCUGUAGAACUGUAUUUAUGUUCCCCUGGUCCAGUGUUGGACAAACCCUCCCCUUAACACCCAUGUUAAUUAUUGACACUUUUUAUCCAAUUAUUUUUCUACAAGAGCCAUUCAGCAUGUAUACAUGCAACAGAUCUUGAAUGUUGUCACUUAAGCAGUCUUGUUAGACUUGUUCAGACAUAAUUUAGAGGGUUUGGGGGAGCUUUCUCCUUUUCCUGAGUUUAUCUGUAUCUGUGCUGGAAGAAGAAAUCUAAAAAGGCAUCUCUCUCCAAAGAUCCAGCAUACCCUCACUAAAUAGAAAUCCUUUCAAGUUCAAAAACUCAAAAUAGAUCAGUCUAUUUUUUCACCAAAACUAUCAAAAACUAUCAGUUUUUGAUACAGCACACCUUUUGUGUGUCAGUUUACUUACAGCAGUUUACAAAUUUGAGGUCUGGGCUCACUGGUUAAAAUGUCAUUCAACUGUCCCUGUGACAUUUCUACUGGAACUUUUCUAUUCCUGUCCUCAGGACUUCUGAGGAAAAAAAAAAAUAAAGGUAUAAUUUGUAUAA